AUGUCCAACAAAAUGCAUUUGUCUUUGGAGGACAUCAUUAAGCUGAAUCAGAGUCAGCGAGGAGGUCGAAGUGGAGGCCAGGGCUGCAGCAAGGCUGACUCCAAGAGCAGCCGCGGCUGUGCCAUGCAGUCUUCUGCGCUGGUGAAUUGAGGCAUCACACCUCUGAGGAUCUAGCCUUCCAUCUCUGACAGCACUGCAGGUGGUGGCAGGAGCCAACUGGAUCGCUACAGCAGGCCAAAACAACUUCCAGACAAGUGGCAUCAUGACCUAUUCGACAGAGGCUUCAGGGAUGGAGCCAGCAUGGAGACCAUUGGAAAGCUGUUGGUGUCAAACCUUGACUGCAGGAUGUCAGACACAGAUAUUCAGGAACUCUUCUCAGAGUUUGGAACACUGAAGACAGGAACUGUGCACUACGAUCAAUCUGGACAAAGUUUAUGGACAGCAGAUAUGUAUUUUGAACUGAAGGCAGAUGCCCUGAAGGCUAUGAAACAGUCCAAUGUUGUCCCAUUAGAUGGCUGCCCCAUGAACAAUCAGCUGGUCACAUCACAGGUUGACAUGCCAAGAAGACAUGUACAGAGCAUAACCAGAGAUGGCAUGAGGAGAAACGGUGGCUCUGGGGGUUUUGUUGGUGGUGGCACCCAGAGAUGGAUCCAUGGAGGCAGCCAUGGAAGAGGUAGAGGUACGGGCAGGAACUCAAAGCAGCACCUUUCUGCGGAGCAGUGGGAUGCACAGUUGGAUACUUACAAUGCUCAGAUGGACACCAGUUAA